GUUACCCCGGAACGUUCUGCGCAUGCGAAAGGAACUAUUUCGUCGAUCAAAGAUGACGUUUGCGCGUCAGUGUGAAUUCGUCGAGAAGUAAAAAGCGAACCGGAAGUAAAACAGCUUUAGCGUCAUGAUCUGAAGUAAAACUGCGUCUCAGGAUGGAGGACGAAAGCUUGGAACAUCGUAGCGUGGAGGUCCUUCAGAUCCCUGAUGGUGUGGAUGACGACCUGCUGUGGCUUUACUUUGAAAACAAGAGACGGUCUGGAGGAGGGAACAUCAUUUCUCUGGACAGGACAGGAGACAAAGCCUUACUGGUGUUUGAAAAUGUGGACGUUGCAACGAGAGUCUUGCAGAAAGACAUUCAUCGUCUCAGUGAUGCCCAACUGAUCGUACGCAAAAAACCCCCAAAGGAUCGCGGUAAGCUGGUGCUGCGUGGUCUUUCUCCCAGCACCAGCUCUGACAUGCUGGAGCUUUACGUGGAGAAUCUGACAGGGAUCGACUCCGAUAACUACACCCUGCAUCUGUCCCCUGGGAAAGACCUGGUCCUCAUUCAUCUCCACCAGCCUGUAGCCGAGGAAUUUGAGAAGAUGCGCAGUAAAUUCUCCAAGCGACCGCUAGAUGGAGCGAGGCUCACUCUGGAGCAGGUGGAGUGCACAGACUCCAUCAUGGUGGGAAACCUGACCCCUGACCUGACCGACGAUCUGCUAACGCUGUACUUCGAGAGCAGCCGCAGUGGAGGUGGAGAAGUGGUGUCUGUGUGCAGGAUCUCACAACACCUCGCUAAAGUCUCCUUUAAAGACGUGCAGUCUGUGGACGGCGUACUUCAGAAGUCUCACAAACUAGAAAAGACAGACUUGAUCGUCAAACCUUAUUACUCUUUUCUGCACUUGGAGGAAGAAGCCCCUCAGACGAGUUCAGAGAACGGGACAGACGGAGGGGUAGAUGGUCAGAUUAGCCCUGUAUCUCCUUUGAACGACACACACACCGUUCUGAUCAGCUCUGCAUCAUCAUUGUCCGUCAGUCAGGAGGCUCUGAAACCUGACCUCCAGAUGACCCCAGAACCUGUAGAUAUGUCCAUAAACACCUCGCAGGUCCUUCAACCUCCAGCUGAACAGAAGCCCUCUAUCUGCCAUGUCUCCAUCCUUGACCCCAUUAAACGAGAGCUCAUGACUCUCUCUAAUGUUCCCGAAAGGUUGAGAACAUCUCACCCUGGAUACAAGAUCAGAGUCACACCGAACGGCGUGGAGGUCGAAGGCCCCACCCUAGAUGGAGCUGAGAAACUGAAGAGCGAGCUGAUGGAGUUCCUUGUUGGCGUGUCGCAGGUCCAAGUGUCCGUCAGUGCUCUGAAAGCUGACUUUCUCCAGAGACAGGAUGUCAGAGACAAGCUGACAGCAAUGCUGAAGGACCAGGGGCUGCCCUGCUCCUACAUGCUGAAGGGGGGGGUGAUGACUUUAUGUUCCACGUCCAUGCAGAUGGUGAACCAGGCAUGUGAGGUGAUAAAGAGCACGGUCAGUGAGUUUGUCCUUAAUGUGAAGCCUGAGCAUGAGUACAUAAUCUGCUCUGAGGACUGGAAAACCUUCCUCCUGAGUCAGGACACCUGCAGCACCGAAACCUCACCCCAGGGGGAUGCCAUCGCCGUGGUGACGCUGAAGGAUGUGGAGCUGGAGGUGAAGGAGAACAUCACUCGGUUCCUCAGCACUCCCAUUCAGAGCGAGAAAGUCCUCAGCAUGCAGCCUGCUAUGCUCACCUACAUCCAGCUGCACCAUCAACAGCUGCUCAGGGACAUGUCUGAGGUCAUCAUCUUCCCCCUGGACACCGGAGACGGCCUGAGCAUCCAGGGAAACCCCACGGCGGUUCAGACAGUGGCGGAGGUUUUAUCCAGCGUGGUGGACUCCACGUACACUAAGGUCAUCACGGUGACUCAGCCCGGCAUCGCUCGCUUCCUGUUGCACGAUGACGAGGGGUUGAGCAUCCUGGGAGAGAUGACCGCCAAGUUCCAGGUCUACAUCAACCUGGAGAUGGUGCACUGGGAACCGCUGGAGGAACAGGACAUCUUCGCUAUGGCCUGGAAAAUGAUGUCGAGUCAGAACUUCACGAGGAGUUCGGCUCAGGGUUUAGCGGAUCCGAGGGCUAGCGCUGAUAAACACACAUCAGCUCAGAUAGAAGAGGCUAAGAAGAUACUGGGGUUUCUGGAGAGCGAUCGCUCUCACACGGCGGCGGCAGAGGUGGCGGAGGUGGAAAUGGAUCUGUACUCGGCUCCCACGUCCUCGGGAGAACAGAUGGAAACACAGGAGUCCGUUAAAGCUGAGAGUCAGCAGGAGGACGUCGUCAGUCUGGAUGAAGAUGCUUAUCUCUCCCUGGCCAUCCAGAUGUCAUUGGAGGCAAGUCAGAACCCAGAGCAGCUGGAGGAAGAAGAGCUACAGAAAGUCCUCCAGCUCUCCAAAGACGAGGCGAUGCCCAUGGACGAGGGCCAAGAGCUGGUGAAGGCGGUGGACGUGUCCCUGCAGGAGGCCAUCAGCUCGGCCAACACGGCGCAGAUCGAGGUGUUUGCGUGUUACACACAUGACCUGGUGCGUGUAGACAUUGCUCUGGGGAAGAAGGUGGGUUUAAGGCAGCAUGAGGAGAAACUGCAGCACAAGAGCUUCAGGAAGCUCUCACGCUUCCAUCGGCGCUGCCUGGACCUCAUCAAAAGGAAGCACGCCGUAGAAAUCCAGAUCCAGGGCACCACAGCCGUCGUCUCAGGGUUUAAGAACUACGUCACCGAAGCGCUGCCCGAACUGAACGAGCUGCUGGGGAGAGCAGAAGGGAGCACCACAGACGCCGAGAUCCUGAAGACCGUGCAGUGGGUGUGGCACGACCGCGAGCGCUCGGCGGUGACGCCGUACUCACCAGAGGCCACACUGUUCAUCGAAAACGCCUGGAGAGUAAAACAGGACAAGCUGGACAUCCUGUUCAACAACCAGCCCUACACCAUCGAUUUCACAAAGAUGCUGGAGUUCAGCGUGUCGUCCGGGCGAUCCGUGCCCAUCUCACGGAAACUCAUCAGCUCUGUCGAUCUGUACACGGAAUUCCAAGAGGAUUACAGUCUGCUGUCAGACGUCCCAGACGCCGUGAGACUGGAGAAAGAUUCUGAAGAAUAUAACGAAGUCGCUGCAGAUUUCUUUAGCAGCCUCACCGAUCAGAGCAGCGUCCAGAUCGUACAGGUGGAGAAGCUGACGAACCGGCUGCUGUACAGUCAGUACCUGCUGAAGAAGGCCGACAUGGAGCAGAAGGUCCGGAGUGAUGUGGAGCGGAUGCUGUAUCACGGCACCAGCGAGAGCAGCGUGAAAGAGAUCUGCAUCCACGGCUUCAACAGGAGCUUCUGCGGCAAAAACGCCACGGCGUACGGACAGGGCGUGUACUUCGCCGUCAAAUCCGCAUACUCUUUCUCGGACACCUACUCCCCCCCCAACGCUGACGGACACAAGUUCAUCUUCGUAGCCAAGGUCCUGACGGGAGACUUCACCCAGGGAAAGCACGACAUGAGGACGGCUCCCCUCAGACAGGGCUCCGACAUCCCGGUGCGCUUCCACAGCGUCGUGGACAGCAUGAAGGAGCCCAGUCUGUUCGUCAUCUUUAACGACACACAGGCGUAUCCUCAGUAUCUCAUCACCUGCCUGAAGGCUCCCGAGUGAUGACACACACUUCCUCCUCUGUAUCUCGUCUCUGCUCCUCUGACUCACACACACAUGUUAAUCUGAACUUUAACCUUCACACACAAAAUCAAACCAGACUUAUUAAUUAACAGACAGUGAACACUGUACUUUAUCUGUGAGACUUAUAAAUAAAGGGUGUAAAUUUGG